GCCUUCUGCUGAUACUCGUCUCUCCAGCGGCGAUGUCCGGGUCUCGGCGUGCGGUUCCGAUACAGUUGUUUAAAAACGACGGGUAACCCAGCCAGAGUAGCUCGGAAUGUCUGGAGCCUCCAAAUCCACGUCAAGCCAUCUCCAGUAUGAAGAGCAGCUCUAGUCUUACGACUGUCAUUGCUUGGCUCCUUGCGGCUUUGACCCAGGGCCACACCAUCAUCAGCUAUCCAGGAUGGAGAGGCAACACCUUCGUCAUGAAUGAGACAUAUCCCUUUGGGAUGCAGUGGACUUACCCAUGCGGCGGGCUCGGCGUGACACAGAACCGAACUCACUGGCCCAUUGACGGCGGCGCCAUCGCCGUACAACCAGGCUGGAACCCAGGCCACGAGAAGGCGCUGAUGUACAUCAAUCUUGGUCUCGGCGAGGAGCCCAAGAGCUACACGACGGUGAUGGCCCCCAGGUUCCUCCUGACGGGGCCGACGAACGAGCAGUACGAGGGCACAUUCUGUCUCCCAAAGGUCCCCAUCCCGGAGGGCGUAACCCUGAAUGAGGGCGACAUGGCGUCGAUCCAGGUCGUUCAGGCUGCACAGCAUGGUGCUACCCUCUUCAGUUGUGUCGACGUUAUUUUCACCGGAGACCAGUCCAAGGUUACGCAGGUGACUGGUGACAACUGCUUCAACUCCACCGACCUCAAGAUUGAAGCCGCCACUCUGGAGACGAACUCUUCGCCAAUCACCGACCCUUCUACGGCAACGACUGCGUCCCCGUCUCCGACGAGUGGUGCAUCACGUACAAUGUUGGGUUUGUCAUGGCUGGCGAGCUUACUUCUACUCAUAUAAGCCACUAGACUUCAUCAAAAAGGGGUUCGGAUUUCUCUUGAAUGGGUUUUGCCAGUUUUGUGGCGUUGGCAUACGUAAGGCAAUUUAUCAAGACUCUUAUGGUGAAAAUAGGCUGGGAUAUCACAUUGAUCUCGAUUAUCAUGGAUGAUAAGAGGAGGUUGGUAUUUCAUACCCAUACUCGUAUCGAGAUCACUGUGCAGAAACCUUAAAGAAUCCAAUAACACAAUAUCACCUCAAUGACCAAGCUUUCUUGGGAUCGCUUUCCAG